AUGCCAGACCCCCCACCGGCAAACCCCCUCCUCGCCGAACUGGCCGCGAUCCGCCGCCGCCAGCACGAACGAACCCAAACCCAACCGCCCGCUUCUCCACCACCACCACCCAAUCUGCCACCUCCCCCACCUUCUGGCAAAGCCCAGCUAUAUAAACCCACAAACCCCCCAUCCCCAGGCUCAAGCAGCGCCCAACCCUUCGAUUUCACACGGCGCAUCCCGCCUGCUGAUUUCGUCGUCCUCGACCCCACCUCUGGCCGAAACCAGAGCCAGGGGCUGCCGCCGCCACCACCGCCACCGCUGUUCCCGGGCUUCGGGGCGGGCACGCCACUCUUUAACACUAGAGCUGGCACGCCGCCGCUCUCCAACACUAGAGCAAACCAGCCCCCUGCACCACCCCUCAAGACCAGAGCAACCCAACCUCCUGCACCGCCCCCAGUUCCCAACGCAAACGGAGCCGGCCGCCCCCCAGCACGCCCCUUCCAGGGGCCGGCACCACCGCCCGCGGCACCCUCACCGGAGCGGCUCAAGUAUCUUGCGGAGCAGAGGAGGGCGCGCGAGGCGGCAAAGAGGGAGCGGGAGCGCAUUUUGAGGAAUAUCGAGGAGGAUAAAGCGCGCAGGAGGGCGCAGGCUGGGAGGAGGUUUUAG